UUAUUAAGCAAACAGAAGUUUGUGUGAUGAGUCAAAAGCCCUACCAAAUAAAAGAUAACUUUAAAAUAUUUUCUUCUAUUUUUAAAUUAUAUGUAUCUCUGUGAGCAUGAGAAGGUGCCUCCAGAGACAUCGGAGCCCCAGGAAGUUACAGGCUGUUUCAAGCCAACUGAACAAGGGUCCUCUACACGAGCAGUUGCGCUGAGGCAUCUCUUCAGCUUCAAUUAAUUUUGAGACGUCCUAACUUUGGAGGCAGGGUUCAUGAAUCUGCAGCUAGAGCCAAUUUUUUUUUUUUUAAAGAUUUACUUUAUUUAUAUGUGUACACUGUAGCCUGUAGCUAUCUUUAGAUGCACCAGAAGAGGGCAUCAGAUCUCAUUAUAGAUGGUUGUGAGCCACCAUGUGGUUGCUGGGAAUUGAACUCAGGACCUUUGGAAGAGCAGUCGGUGCUCUUAACCGUAGAGCCAAUUUUUGUGUGACCUGAAAGAGAUUGGUAUUAGCUCAGGACGACCAACCCCCUGCUCUAGACCAAGUUCUCAACACGAAAGAGAUUUAUUUGCCCUAGAGGGAUAAAGGGCAGGUAAUAAGGGAUAAAAACAGGAGAUAGAGGACCAAAGGAAAAGAGGAAGGGAACAAAGGAGAGGAGAUAAAAGGGCCAAGGUAUUUUUCCUGGAGGACAAAGGGCUGCUCUGGAUAGAGGAGACAGAAGUGGCCCAUAGACAAACAGAGGUUUAUAACAGUAAAGGGGGAACCCUGUGUUAGGAUGAGGUGUUUAAUUUUGAUUGGGCGUGUUAAUUGGAUGAACUAAAGGAGGUUUUGAUUACUGGACUUCAGUAUUUUGAUAGCUGAACCUUUGUAGUCAGCCUCGGGAAAAAGAAGUGGCCAAUUAAGGGAAUAGACCUUGGUAGCUAGCAUUAGGAAUAUAACAACAUGGGGGUUUUUGUCUUGUUUUGUUUUCCCCAUUUUGUUUUGUUUUGUUUUGUUUUGUUUUGUUUAGCAAGGCAGAGAGAAUGGAAGAGGAGGGAAUGGUUCUGCCAGAACCACGCCCACAUUCAAGUUCGCCAUAGUCUCUUCAUAACCUGUAUCUUUAGUCUGAGGACUUGUUGACUCUGAGAUUCUAGAAAUGAAUGACAAGGAAAGCAGCUGUAUAUUUAGCUUGUCAGUGAUUUCGUAUCUGAUCCUUCUGUUUCUCUCUCAGUAACUGUACCAACUACUUCAGGCAUCCGACCCCCACCCCCGUCCUUUCAUGCCACUCUCAGAGACUGGGUCUCACACUGUAGCCUAGGCUAACCUGAAACUGUAUAGGCCAAGCAUCGAUCAACCUUCUGUCUCAGCCUCUUGAGUGCUGGUCAGUAAUAAUAUUCUUUUUUCCUUGCUUCAGGGUCUUGUCCUCUGUUCACAAUAUUUUUCCAAAGGCGCUUGUAACCACUGCCUAGACCUCAAACUGGAGAUCUUUAAAUGUCAAUUUUGCCCAGCUUAGAGCGUUACAGCAACAGCAGCCCGAGGACCCCUUGCUGUUUGUUCCUUUGCCUAGGAUCUUUAAGAGUAGGGCCCGAACCUGCUGGUUCCCAAAGCUCUCAGAGAUGACUGAAAGAAAACAUGAAGGAGGUUGAGGCUGGCUGUGGUGAUAUACAUACACAUACUAAUAACUUCAGCAGAGGAAGCCGAGGCAGGCAGACAACUGUGAGCUUUAGACCAGCCUGGUCUACAUGAGAGUUUUAGGAUAGCUAGGAACAUGCAUACUGAGACUCAAAGAGAACAAAACAGCACGCCCACAAACGAACAUGAAGACAUGAUCAAAGCAAAAGGAAGCUGAGGUCUUGCUUUCCUCUUUUCUGUAGUAGAUCUCCGCAGGGCCCCAGAGGGCAGACCACAGGAAGGUGGUACAUUAGGGAGUCUGAGAUGGAGGGGCCAUGGGUCUCUUGCCGUCAGGUCACACUACUCACCUAGGUUGACUUUCGCUACAGAGUUUAGCAUCAGCGCCACCUCCCGUCAAUGGUGACUAGAAAGUCUAGCUAUAAUUGGAUGCCCGCGAAAGGCCGGGCGUAAAAAGUAAGUGGGUGGCCAUCUUUGUUAGGGGCAGAGGCCACGGCUACGGAGCCUCAGUGAGUCCACGAAACUUCCGGCGGCUAGCUGGUGAGUCCUGGUGCCCCACGGGAAGCGUGAGAGCGGCGAACGUUAGCUUCGUUUGGGACUCGCCGUACAAAUGGCCCGGGCGUCCCGCUCUAGUGGCCUUCUACCGCCAAUCACUAACGUACCCCCGUCGUGGGCGCAGCCCCUGGGCGAUGGGGAGGAGCGGGGCAAAGGGAAGCGCGGAGGGCUGGAGCUACUGGCUGCAAUGAGCGCCCCGUGCCCGGACUCCGGCAGACAGCCCUGGGCUCCAGAGUCUGCAAGCGGCCCGAUGCCCUUCGCUCUGCAGCGGCUCCGGGCCGAGUUGCUGCGUCUGCACCGCGAGCGAGAGCAGCUCCUGAGGGCCCGGGACUGCGCCCGCCACCUGCAGGCGGUCGUGCGGCUACUCCGCUCCGGCUCCUCGGCCGGUUCCUUCUCCCUGCAGCAGCUGCACGGCGACUUACAGAUGUGCCCUUCGCGUAGGGCGGCUCAGCGCCUUGGUUUCCCGGGCUCCAGGGAGACGCUUCUUCUGGCUCGCCCUGUUGGGCUAGCUGCGCAGCACCUGGAUGCUAACAUCGAGAUGCAGCUUCGCACCCUAGGCCGGGCACCGGCUAGCCUGGGCCUGACGUCCCAACUAGCCGAACUGUUGCUGGCCCUUCCCUUCUACCACACUCUACAGGGACAAUCCCUGAGCUUCGUCCCCGGGGCCGCGCGCCCAUUCCCCGCGGCCCGUGUGCUCCACCUCCUGGCUGCAGAGCGGGGUUGUCAGGUGGCGGAUAGACUGGCUGAAGCCCUUGGCAGAUCGGGCUUGCAGGACCAGCUCCGUCGGCAGUGCGACCAAGAGCGAGAGCUGCUGCCCGGGCUGCUGGGCCUAAUAGGGGGCGUGGCUAGUAGAGACAGCAGUGGACUGAGGCUUGGAGGGCCUGGAGCCCUGUGGAGCCAGUAUUGGACCAUGCUGUGGGCAGCCUGUGCUCAGAGUUUGGACUUACGCGUGGGACCCUGGGGCGACCCCAAAGCAGUGGCACAACAGCUGAGUCAGGCACUGUGUCAAGCAUCCCUGCCUCAGGAGUGUGAGAAGGAGCUGUUGUCUUUGUGUCACAGCCUAUUUCAUCGGUCUCUAGUCUGCAGCUGGGACCAAGGGUUCUGCCAGGCCUUGGGAUCAGCCGUGGGUGGUCAGAGCAGCCCCGCUUCACCAUCCACUGCUGAGCUGUUGCAGCGGCUUUUCCCUCCCCUCUUGGAUAUCCUUCGCCAGCCUAGGCCAGAACUUAGCCUGUGCCAGCCUGCAGGUCCUACGCCUGUCGCUCUGGGACUCUGUACCCUGCAGACCACCUUGCUCUGGUUCUUGGGCAAAGCUCAGCAGCACCUGGCAGCAUGGGCGCCUGGUCCCUUCCUACUCCUGAUCCAGAAGGACUUGCCUCCUCUUCUGCAUGCAGUGGAAGCGCUGUCCAGCCUGGCCUCCGAGGCAGCCUUCAGUCUGGAGGUGGAGCAGCAGCUGGGUCUGGAGAUCCAGAAGCUGACUGCUAGGAUGCAGCUCCUGCCCAAAGAGUCGCUGAGUCUUUUUUUCCAAGAAUGUCAUAAGCAAGCCACACAAGGCUUCAAGCUCCACAUGCCAAGGGGUGGAUACUGGAGGCUUCGACUGUGUCCUGAACAUCCCAGUGACCCCAGUGAGUACGCUAGGGUGGUGGUCUACACUGUGUUGGAGCCCGUGUUGCAAGGACUUCGAGGAUUGCCACCCGAAGCCCAAGCCCCUGCCCUCAGCCAGGCACUGACAGCCACACUGGGCGCCUGGCUUGACCACAUCCUUACCCAUGGGAUCCGGUUCAGCCUGCAGGGGGCGCUGCAGCUCAAACAAGACUUCGGAGUGGUCAGAGAGGUUCUGGAACAGGAGCAGUGGGGCCUGUCCCCGGAGCUUCGCCAGACUCUGCUCUCACUCAGCAUCUUCCAGCAGCUGGAUGGGGCCCUGCUGUGUCUUCUGCAGCAACCCCUGCCCAAGAAUCCAGUCCAGAGAAGACCUCACCGUUGCUGUUUUUGUAAUGAGGUCCAGACCAUUGAACUGCCCACCAGCAGCCUCAACAGCCUGGAAAGUCUGGCACCCCCUCUAAGGCCUGGAGUCUCCCCAGCCCAGAAUACUCACCUGCUAAGCACCCUGGGGGGAGGAGGGCGAGGGGGAGGGGGAGGAGGACCUAGUCCUGAGGCUUACCUGGCUGGAAACCAGCAAGCCUGGCUUGCCCUGAGGCUGCACCAACACCCUCGUUGGCACCUGCCUUUUUUCUCUUGCCUAGGGACAAGUCCUGAACCCUAA